AUGACAUUAUUGAGUAAUAUAGAGUUCCUGAAAGCUGCUGCUGAACUAUUUGAACAAUCUCAUGAAUCAAGAUCAUCAAUAUAUAUCACACAGAAAAGACUUAGUGAAGUUGAUCAAGUGAAUGGGCUAAAAGAUACACAAGACGAAAUAUCACAAUUUAAUGAUUCAAAACCAAUAUUACCUAAUUCCACAAUCAGAAAAUCCACAAAAUCAUACCCAAUAUUGAUAAGAAUUACAGAUGGUAAUAAUGAUAAAUCUAAAAAGAAAAAGUACUCUACAACUGUGGAUUCAGAACACCUAGGUAAAUUUUGGAAAGAAUAUUCACAAGUCAUCAAGACUGGUGCAACUGGAUUGAAAAAGAAGGAAAAAAGUAAAAAGAAGAAGAAGACAGUCAAAGCUUGA